AUGAGUUGUGUGCUGAUGGUAUUCAUCGAGCCCCUUCUCUGUUCGCUGGGAUUUCUCCUGAAUUGUGCCUGUGUCGCCGUCUUCUUUUGCGUGUCAAACAACGGCUAUUUCCGGAAGACAUCCCUCCUAACCUAUCUGGUGGCCCUCUCCAUCUGUAAUGGUCUCCAGCUGCUGCUCUCCCUCUUCGUCCUCGUCCUCCCAGCCAUCGAGCAAUAUAUCUCAUCCUCCUCAAAAGAACUCUCCUCCUUCCUCCUCCGUCUCUCCUCUAUUUCUGUCCGUUAUGGCUAUCCACUUGUAUUGACCGUCAAUUAUGCGGCGAUAUGGCUGCUCACCCUCAUAUGUGCACAACGAUUUCAGGCAAUCUGCCACCCAAGCAAUCCGUGGAAGAAACGGCUGGCCGGGAUCCGAAAUUCUCGUCUUGCCGUUGCUGUCGUCAUCCUAUUGGCAAUCAGUCUGAAUAUCAUACGAUUCUGGGAAUUCCGG